AUGUAUAUUAAUUUAAAUUUUUUUACAGGAGAGAUUUAUGAUCACAGAAAAGAGAUAUCUACGACAGGACAUGUUGAAGACUACUGGACUGAUACACCACCCAAAGGGAAUAUCCAUAUUAUAGUUGAGCCGCCUGUACAAGUGAUAUUCAUCCCGGUGCAUGGAGCACCAGUGGUGAAGAUUAAACCUCAUAAUAUUGAGUUCAAGGAAAUGGUCGGUUGUGAACAAACUGAACUGAAACCUGUUUUAUAUGGACUACCUGAUUAUGACCUCUAUAUGUAUCUUGAUGAUACUGGACUUUUAAAAGAUCUGCCAAGAAACGCCUUGGCAACUUGUUUAUUAUAUGGAAGAAAAAUGGAUCAAGUUCCUGGAGUACGAGGACACGUUGUGCUCUACGAUUCUUACAAGCAGCUAACCCUUGAUGACUUUCGAUUCAUACUUUCCACUGCACAAAACCUCAAUUGA